GACAGAGGGAGGGCUGUGGGAUGUCAUGUGUAAAGGAGGACACUCUCAUUGGAGGCAAAGAGAAAGAAGACCGCUAUACAUGUUUUGAGGGUAAAAAGGGGAAACAAAAAGCAUCCUACACGCUGAAGCCAUCUUGGUCGCACUGCUACAUUCUGGACUCCACGUCUGAUUGUUAUAAAGCUUUGGGGGAAAAAAAGCUCUAACAAGACUGGAAUGAUGUCCUCCCAGUUGAAGUGGCUGAUUGUGAUCCAGCUCCUGCUGAAUGAACAGGCUUUGUGCAGGGUCCCACCUCCUCUGGCGCUGAGAAACACUCCACUUCCAGGAGCCGACUUCUAUGAAGUGGGAGAGGAAACAGCCAAACAGGAUCAUGGAUCGUCUCUCCUGGGACCCAAACUCCAGCUCCGUAUCCCAUCCGCAGAAAACCCUGAUCCUGCACAAAAAGAGGAGAGAGUACGAUCUGCCGAAAAUAUAAUAUCAAUCCUGAGGAUGAAGCUUCCGGAGCAGAUUCAAGAUCACCUCCACAUUCAGGGGAACGUCAGCUGUGAGGAUCUGCUAGCUGCCAGCACCGUGGACGACCCAUCAUCCUCCAUGUUUCCCCAGGAGCUCCUGGGUCUCUCUUUAGUGCCGGUGUUGGUGGUGGCAGGCUGCCAACAGGAAGCACAGGCCCUGGUGCUCAAGCUGUACAACCUGCUGGGAGUGGAGGACACGGAGGAGCUCCUGAUGGAGGUGGAGGGUCUGAUAGAGAGAAGGGUGAGCAAGUCUCUAUCCACGCCUGCACCUGCAUCAUCGCCUUCAGGGAGGAAUCAAGCAAGGCGCCACAUAGAGGCUGUGAUGUUUAACAUCCAGCAGCUGGCCGUGGUGGGAGAAGGUUCCUCCGAGCAUGAAGGGCACUGUAAGGGUUGGACCAGGGUGAGUGGAACCACGCUGGUAGGAACAGCUGUGGAAGGAACCACAGGUGAUCUACAGGAGGCUGUGAGCACCUGUGAGAGACUAGGAGUCCUGUGUGCCGGUGUGACCAGCAGCGGACCGCUCAGACCUGGGAAGUACCAGGGAGUGCUGAAGAAAGGCAGUCGCGUCUUACCUUCCACAGAGUCUGAGUGUUGGCUCCGUCGGUGCAGCACAGAGGAGGUUCUGAUGGGUGGACGGGUGAGACGAAGCCCCCAGAGUAGCUGCAUCAGCAAAAGCGAGCAGCGUGUGUACAACGUGGUGGAGUGGAUCCCUGCAGUCAGCACCCUCUAUAACCUGGGUACGGCUGUGUAUUAUGCCUCAGUCAACUGCUCUGAGACAGCCAAGGAGAGAGCCAUCCUCAGCGCCGUUGACCUCGGCACAGAUGCUCUCAUGGUGGCCACAGGGGGGACAGCCGGGGUGGCGGGCUACGCCCUGGGUGCAGGGGUGAAGACCGGUGUGAAAGCGGGCGUCAGGUAUCUGCUCAACUCCAUGAAGCAGGAGGACGACGUGAUGGUGAACCAGCAAAGCUGGGAGGAUGGCGUCAUCACUGUCCAGUAGAAUGAAGGAUCAAUAAAUCAGCCUGUGAAGCUUUAGCAAUAAAAUCUUUGGAUUUAGUUUAUACAUUGAAUAAAAAAAGACAGUUACACAGGAUGAAUGUUUGUUAACUGACAUGGUUGAUGAGUAACCUAUUGGUUUACCAGGUUUAAUAUAAACUAGACUAUUUGAAAAACAAGAUUACACAUUUUCGGAUUACUCAAUGGAUUAUCAGAAUCACGUUUUGAAAUGGGGAAAAAAAAGCUUUUCAUUUGUGUGACUGCACGAACUUCAUUUUACACAGUUUGACAAAAUAAUUAUUCUUUAUUGGAGAUGUCAGUGAUUUUUUUGUAAUUAAAUUAAUUUAGAGUAAAAAGUUAAUUACGUUACACUUUAAUUGUAAACAAGCUUUAACAAGCUCAUUAAGUUAACCUUUUUUGCUUGUAGAAAAGUAGCUCCUUUUUAUAAUUGAUUAAAUAGUUGAAUAAUGUAUCAUAUGAAGCAACUUUUGAAAUACAGGUCUCAGGAAAUUAAACCUUCGAUCCCUCAAGACUUUCA